GGAGGAGGAGGUGUUGGUGGCGGAGCUGGGGGAGGACCUGGUGUUCGAGGUGCUGAAGCGGGCGGAUGCGAGGACGCUGGCUGCGGCGGCGUGCGUGUGCCGGCGGUGGCGGAGACUGGCGGAGGACGAGCGGCUCUGGGAGGCGGUGUGCGUCCGCCACUGGGCCAACAUCGGGUGCGGCAACCAGCAGCUCCGGUCGGUGGUGCUCGCCCUCGGGGGCUUCCGCCGCCUCCACUCCCUCUACCUGCUCCCCCUCCUGCACCCCUCCCUCCGCCGCCCGGCCGCCCUCCCGACGUUCCCACUCCCGGCGACCGCCGCCACCCCCCUCACGCCACCGCGUCGGUCCCUCCUGCCGGCGCGAUGGGGGAAGGACGAGGUGCAGCUCUCCCUCUCCCUCCUCUCCAUCGGCUACUUCGAGAAGAUGAACCCCAACUACAAGCGGGGAGGAGGCGGGUCUUGAUGGAUCUCGUCGCCUCCUCCAUAUAUUUUUUUUUCUUUUUUGGCCCCCCUUUUUACCUCCUCUUCUAAUUUCUAAUUUUCGAUCUUAUUGUUAUUUUUAUGUACUGCUGCUGCUGUUGUUGUGGUGUGCUUCAGAGAUUUGCUCACUCUGUUUCUAAUUAUAUGUAAAAUUUAUGGACUGAUAAUAGAAUUUCUUCUACGUUUUCUCUUC